AUGACUGGUCGAAUGGUAAUCGUUUCAAGUAAAAGUAAUGUUACAGAUUUACAAGAUAGAUUAUCUGCUAGUGAAGAACUUCUUCAACGUAAAACAUCAUUACUUCAUCAAGCAUGUGAAAAACAAUGUAAACUUGAACAAGAAUUAGCUUUUUAUAAAAUCGAUUUAAAAUUCGAUAGACUUGAUUUUUCGAAACAUUUAAAUCGAAAAAGUAAUUUAAAACAAAGGACUACAAUGGAUAGUCCUUUCACAACAAUUAAAUUUAAUAAUAAUAUAGAAGAUGAAGAAGACAUGAGAUUAACAAUGAUUGAUGAACAACAACAACAACGAUCUAUGAAUACAAUUCAAUGGCAAACUGCUGAAGUUAAACGUAUAUUGGGAAGUGCUCGAGAUGGAAAGUUUCUUCAUGCUGAAGAUGAAACAGUUCACAAUGAAAAACUCUUACAAUUAGCUUUUAAUAUGAAUGAGCUAACAUUUUUACAAGCUAAACAACAAGCCAUUGAAGAACGUUUACAAAUUGCAACACAAAAAAAAGAAUCACAUGCUGUGAUUGAACAUCUUUCUGAUGAUCUUAAUAAUUUACAAACUGAAAUGAUGAAUAAAAUAAGUGAUGUACAAGAACUUAAGCUUGUUCUCAAUGGUCUUCGUGCUGAUGAAGGACAUGGUUUAGGCACUGAUUUGGAACAAGUUAAUAUUGAAUUGAACCUUGAUGAAAUAGUACGACAACAUGUCAUUAAACUUAAACAAGAUUCAAUCAUACAACCACAAGAAUAUGAUGUUGUUAAUGAAUCAAAAUUUGAACAAGCACUUACUGAAGCUAUUUCAUUGUCAGGUGUACCAAUAGAUGAUCGAUGUAGUGCAAAAGCAACAUCAUCUCGUAUACAAUUACUUGAAUAUAGUUUAGCUAAUAAUGUUGAACAACUUCGUACAAAAGAAAUAAGUGAACAAGAAGCACAAAAUAAAAUAAUCGAAUUGCAAAUAGCUCUUGAACGUGAACAAAAUCAAGCUCGUGAACAGAUUAAUCAAAUUGAAGAAAUGGCUGAACGAGAAAAACAACGUAUAUUAAAACAUCUUGAAGAUGAAAAACGUUUUACACGUGAUAUUAUUAUUAAAUCUGAAACAAUGAUUGAACAACUUAAACGUGAAUUAAGUUCAGAACGUAAACAUAAAACUGAUGAAGAAAAAACUCGUGAUGCCUUAAGAGAUAUUUAUAAAAAAAUUUCACCAAGUCCAGGUAAAACUUUAUCAAAAUCUACUAAAAAUGGAACAAAUAUAAAAGAUGAUGAUGAUGAUGAUAAUGAUGAAUCACGUUUAGAUGGUGAAACAACUGUGUAUCAUAGAGAUGAUCCAUUUUUAGCAUCAACACCACGUGAUCGCUCAUUAUUAAAUGGAAGAAAUGAAACUUCUGAUUCGAAUGCUCUUCGACGUCAACUUGAAGAACAACUUAAAGAUGAUCAUGAUGAAUCAUUAUUAAAUGAUCAAAAAUUAAAAACAAAUUUAACAACAGGAACAGUUUAUUCAUGUUUACCCCCAACACCUAAACGACGAGCAAAUACAAAACUUCAUUCAAAUGAAUUAUCUUCAUCAUUCAAUAAAACACAUCCAACAAUAAUUAAACUUGAUCCAACAUCGAAUGGUGGAGAUGAAGAAGAAAAUGAUUUACUCUAUCGUCUUCAUGGUUUUGUUAAAACUGGUCAAGUAUAUAUGUCCGGUUUAGGUGAUCUUGCACGUACAACAGUCAAUGAUUCAGGUUAUUCAAGUCAACAAACAGGACGAGAAAAUAAUAUUGAAAAUGCUAAAUUAGAAUCUCUUCUAUCCACUAAACCAUUUCAUACUUAUAAUAAAUGUUUAAUUGAUCCUGAGCAAUUCAAUCGUGAAUAUACAGUUGGUGUUUUUACAACGAAUACUGAUCAACAACAACGUUAUUAUGAUCAAUCAAAAGUUGGCAAUGUUACAUUAUAUCCAACACCAGAAGGAUAUAUGCUUGGACCACAUUCUGUUACUGUUUCACCAGAAACAUUUCCUAUUUAUGCUAAUAUGUCUCCAACACAAUCAUUAACACAUACUGAUUCUCAAUUUUUUGCCUGUGUUAAUAUUCCACCUGAUGGUCUAUCAUCAAAUCGUCCAUUACCAACAUCACGACAUAAUCCAGAUGAAGUACGUUUACAAGGACCAGUUAUAUUUCGUCAAGAUACAAUAUUAAAAUCAGAAAAUGUUUCUCCUGUAUCAGUUAAAAUUCGUAGUUUAAAAUAUCCUCAAGUUGAAAAAAGUACAAUGACUGAUCCGGAUACAAUUCGUCGUGAAAUAGAUCGAACAACAGAUGAAAUUGAUUAUUUGAAAUUAAAAUUACAACAUAAAGAAAAUGAUUUACAAAAUAAUGAUCAAUUACAUUUAUUAAAAGAUUCAUUAGAGCAACAAACAAGAGAAAUUGAACGUGUUAAAAUUCUUCAUCAAGAUUUAUUAAAUAGUGGUGAUGAUAAUGAAGAAAAUAUACUUGAUUUAUCACAACAAAUUCAACGUAUACAACGAAAUGUUCAUGGACAUUUACGUCCAACUCUCUUACGUCUAGUAGAUGAUACAUCACAAAUAAAUACAGGAAAAUUAAUACCAUUAACAAAUGAUGAGCAUUGGAUAUGUAAUGUUCCUCGACAUGCUGAUCUUGAACAAGUAAUUGCUGAUCUUGAAGUAAAAAUAGAUGAACAACGACGAGAAUUAGCUGAUUUAAAACAUGAAAAUCGUCGUUUAGAACGUUUAUUAAUUAAAAAAACUAUGAAAAUUGAUGCACUUGAUUUAGCUUCAUCACGUAAACGAUCACGAUCAAUUGCUGAUUCAGCUGAAACAGAUAGUGUUCAAGAUGAUAUUUUUGUUUUGGAACAACAACUUAUUCGUAAACAACGUGAAAUUACACUUGCACAAGAACAAUUAAGACAAAUGACAUCAUUAUCUCAAAAUGUUAUUCAUGACUUAAAAACAGCUCGUCAACGACAUACAAUAACUAAACGUGAAACUAGAGGACUUGAACAAAAAAUCGAAUUUUUAACUCGAAAAUUAUAUAAAUUAACAAAUGAUACGAAACAAGCUGAAGACCAUUAUGUAAAAGCAACAACUAAUAUUCAAUUAAUGAAUAAAGAACAAGCUAAAUUAGAAAAGGUAGUCGAUGAAAAACGAGCAUUAUCAAUUGUUCUUGAUGAACAACUUCGUUCAUCAUUGAAUUCAUUUAAUUCGCUUCUUAAUUCAUCUAUUAAAUGUUUACAAGAAUUAACAUCAGCUACAAUAAUAAUAGAUGAUGAAUUUCAUUUUAAUUCAUUACCACCACCACCAUUACAAAUCAAUGGAAUAUCAUCAAAUUUAGCACCAGAUGAAAUUCAACGACAAAUUUCACAUAUUAUUUCUGAAAAUCAUCGUAUUCUUUCUCGUUAUCAUUCUAUAUUACAACAACAAAAACAAAAAUCAACAUUAUUAAAAAAUGAAAUACAAGAAAAAGGAACAGUUUUAGCAAAUGUUAAAUCAGAUUUAGAUGCUUAUAAUGAACAAUUAAGAAAUAAUGCUCAAGAACUUUUACAGGACAAAAAUGUUUUGGAAGAAUUAGAACGUGUUAAAGAAUUAAAAUCCGAUAAAUUAUCUGAACUUGAACGUCUUAUUGAACGUCGUCAAUCACAAGAAAAACAAGCUCAACAAGAAUUAGAACAGUUAGCAAAUGAACAACAACGUUUAAAAAAACAAUAUAAAGAUAUUUUAUCUGAACAUGAUCAAUUACAACAUACAAUUGAAGCUGAUCGUCAAGUUUUAACUGAAAUGAAAAAUGAAUCAACACGUUUACGUGAACAAAUUAAAUCAUUUCUUGAUGAUAAAGAAACAUUAGAUGAAACAUGUGAUUUAUUAGCUAAAAAAUGUGAAGCUUUACAUAAUGAAUGUAAAGAAAAAGAAAAUAAUCUUCCAAUACUUAUAUCACAAAUAGAUGAAAAAUUAAGUGUAUGUAAAAAUUUAGAAGAUGAAAUUAAGAAAUUAAAAGUAGAUAAAACUCGUUGUCUCGAAGAAGUUACUGAAAUGAAAAUUAAAAUUGAAAAGAAACGUAUUGAACUUGAACAUUCACCUCAUGAUAUUGAAUUAGAAUAUCGUAAUGAAGAAUUAAAACAACGUAUUAAACGUACUGAACAAGAUUUAGAUAGACUUAAUGGUGAUAUUGAUGAACGUAAUCGAACAUUAAAUGAAUUAAAUACAAUGAUUGCAUAUGCAAAAAAUAUUAUGAAAAAUAUUCAACCAAAUGAAAAUCGUCGAAAUUAUAAACACAGUUCAUCAUCAGAUUUUUCAAUUAUUGAUCAACGUCAUCAACAAGAAAAUACAGCAUACUAUGAAACGAAAAUUCAACGAUUAACAAAAGCUCUCGAUGAUAAAGAACAAGAACUUCGUUCAUUAAAUACGCAAUUAAUAACAACAAAAGAUGAACUUUUACAAAUGCAAUAUAAAGUACAAAAUCAAGAAUCAAAUGCUGAUGCUAUACGUAAUUCAAUGCAAAUUGAAUUAGAUAAAUUAAGACAUUGGUUACAAAUAUAUGAAAAUCGAAAAGCAAUGUUACGUCCACAAUAUCAUGAAACAUUAAAAGAAUUAGAAUUAAAAUUACAUGAACAAGAAAUGUUUUAUAGAAAACAAAUUAAAGAUCUUGAUUCAGAAAUGAAAAAAAAAUAUCAUGGAAAACCAUCAGAUGAUUCAGGAUUUCUCAGUGAUACAACAAUAUGUGAACAUCGUAUAUCUCCAACAAUUGAUACUCAUGAUACUUCCAUGUUACGUGAACAAAUUCAAAAUAUAUUCUCUCACCAUGUUCAAGAAUUAGAUAAAUGCAAUACAAAAUAUAAAACAAAUUUAUCAAAUUUAAAAAAUCGUCUUCAUGAAUUAGAAAAUUCUGCAACAACGACAACUACGAAUAGAUUAGAUUCUUAG